UCUGUCGCCGGUCAGUCGGCUCUCUAAACCAGUUUCUUCUCACACAGAGCUGCUGUGAACAUUCCGACAUGGAGAGAAUUGUCAUUGUGACCGGCGCCAACAGCGGCAUUGGCCUGGCCUUGUGUGACAGGCUGCUUACUGUGGACAGCCAUCUCCGGCUUUGUCUGGCCUGCAGAAACAUGCAGCGGGCCCAUGCUGCCCGCUCCACCCUUCUGACCUCUCACCCUGAUGCCCGUGUGGACGUAGUGCACCUUGAUGUGGGCUCUGUGCAGUCAGUGCUCACUGCUGCGCAGGAAGUCCAGUCCAGGUACAGCAGAAUAGACUUUCUGUAUCUUAAUGCGGGAAUUAUGCCUAAUCCACAAGUGGAUAUCAAAGCCUUAUUCAAAGGCCUGUUUUCCAGGAAUGUCAUCAACAUGUUUGCAACAGCAGAGGGUCUCUUAACUCAACAGGACCGCCUCAACUCAGAUGGCCUGCAGGAGGUUUUUGCCACCAACCUCUUUGGUCAUUUUCUACUGAUUAAGGAGCUGGAGCCUCUUCUGUGUCAGCCAAGUCACACGUCAAGAAUAGUGUGGACCUCCUCGAGUAACGCCCGCCGCUCUGCCUUUAGCAUGGACGACAUCCAGCACACACACGGCACAGAACCUUACAGCUCCUCCAAGUACGCUUCAGACCUGCUCAGUCUGGCGCUCAACAGACACAAGAACAGCCAGGGGCUUUUCUCCUCUGUUGUAUGUCCCGGGCUGGUGAUGACCAAUCUAACCUACGGUAUCCUCCCCUCCUUUUUCUGGACUCUCAUCAUGCCCAUCAUGUUUCUGAUCCGAAUCUUUACCAACACAUUCACACUCACACCACACAACGGAGCAGAGGCUUUGCACUGGCUGUUCCUUCAAAAGCCAGAAUCUCUGGAUCCGAGGGCAAAGUAUCACAGUUUAACAUCAGGACUUGGGACAAACUAUACUCAGCCUCGACAGAUGGACGUUGACGAUGGCAUGUCAGAGGUGCUUUAUGAGAAACUUCUUGAACUUGAAAAAGGGGUCAGAAGGAAACUGACUGAAAGAAACGCUGAUAAGGAAACUCAUGGACAGUAACUGAAUGGUAGAGUAGAGAGUUUACUAUUUGGAAAUGGACAGUGUGCACUUUGUGAUAAGAAACAUCAACAGUGCUCUUUGUUAUUUCAUGCUUGCAAGUAAUGCUGUUGAAAUAUGGGUUUGCACAACCAUACUUCUACCACGGCUUUGAUCUGUUUCAUGUCAUCAGUCAUUUUGUUAGCUGCAGGAGCACAGCCAAGUCUGUUCCCAAAGCUACUUGGUUACCACAAUAAUAUUAAAAUCAGCAUCAAUUUACAGAGAAACACUACAAGAAACCAUUUUUGUGAUAAUAGAAAAGGGACGAGGUUUGUUCUUAUACUUUCAUGUCUAAUUUCAAAGAUGUAUUUAUAUGUAAAUUGAUUAUAAUUGUGCUGCUAUUGAUCUUUUUAUAUGAUUCUUAUAUUUGUGAAUCUCAGUCAUUUAUUGAUGAGACACUAUUCUCAAAUUAUCUUUUUAACAGCUGUAAGACAUGCUGAAUAUCAACCUUCACACAUAAGCUGCAACAUUCAAACAACUUCAAAAUAACUUCUACAUUGCCUUUACUCUUUGUGUUGAAGUACCUACAAACUUCUGCAAACAUGUUUUAGUCAGUUAAUUGGUGCUCUCAAGUGGGCUUCUGCUUUCAAUGACCAAUGGGCCUUUGUUUCAUGGAGGACAUUUCUGACAGUAGGGAAAGCACAGAUAAAUAAUACAAUUCAUAGUGACUGAAUUCCAUUUAGUGUCCUUGGUUUCAGACUCCUGUAUUAUGUAUGCUCUAUCACUGUCACAUUAUCAUGACUUAUUGUGAAGCUUGAAUAGAAAGACAUCGUUACACUUCUCCUUUUCCUACCAUGACAAGUCAAAUUUCUGCUGUGAAAACAGCCAAUGAUUUGAAUAUGUAAGUUGAACUGUUGCAGUUUCUUUUAAUAAAUGCUUUCUUUGUUCCUAGCAUGA